AGUUUUUCCACGCCUGAGGAGAAGAGCCAGGCCAGCUAAGGCUUCCGUUUCAAUGUCCAUUAUGGGAGCAAACAACUUAUUUGUACAACCUAAACACUGACUUAAUUAAAUAGAAAGCAAAGCAGUGAUUCCUGACAGGGCUGAAUUUCAGUCAAGUUGUGAAACGCCACAGUGCAUCCAGAAGCAGAGACGGACAAGUUGAACUGAAACCUGGGAACACGUAAGGGGCGUUGGACCACUGCGUCUCAGCCAUUUUAUUCUCCAGAAAAUUGGCAAGAAGAUCUGGGACUCAGGGUGAGAGAGGAGAAAUGGAAAGUUCCCCGUGCGUCUCUAUUUUCUUGGUUUUGUGCAUCUUUAUCCAAUCAAGUGCCCAUGGACAGAGCCUGGGAUUAGAGCUACUGGGAAGAAGAUCUCGAGCUGCUGAAACAAAGGAAACAUUGCAGGAGACAAAAACCACCAGAUUCCUUCUCUUUAGAGAAGAAACCGAUCAGGGCUGUCAGAUUCGGCUCGAUCACCUAGACACGUUACAGCAGUGUGGCUUCAACUCCUCUCUGCCCCUGGUGAUGAUAAUCCACGGCUGGUUGAUGGAUGGCUUGCUGGAAGACUGGGUCUUGCAGAUGGUGGCGGCACUGAAGUCUCAGCUGGCCCAGCCAGUGAACGUGGGGCUGGCAGACUGGGUCACCCUGGCCCACAACCACUAUACCAUGGCUGUCCGCAACACCCGCCUCGUUGGCGGGGAGAUCAAGGCUCUUCUCCGGUGGCUGGAGGAAUCUGUUCAUUUUUCUCCAAGCAAGGUUCAUCUAAUUGGGUACAGCCUGGGUGCACACGUCGCCGGAUUCGCUGGCAGUUACAUGGGCAGAAAGCACAAGAUUGGGAGAAUUACAGGGCUGGAUGCAGCGGGACCUUUGUUUGAAAGAGCUUCUCCCAGAGACCGUCUUUCACCGGAUGACGCCAAUUUUGUGGACGCCAUUCACACCUUUACCCGGGAGCACAUGGGCCUGAGCGUGGGCAUCAAAAGGCCCAUAGCGCACUAUGACUUCUACCCCAAUGGGGGCUCCUUCCAGCCUGGCUGUCACUUGCUAGAGCUCUACAAACACAUUGCAACGCACGGCUUGAAUGCCAUCACCCGGACCAUCAAAUGUGCCCACGAGCGGUCAGUGCACCUGUUCAUCGACUCCGUGCUGCACCCCGGCAUGCAGAGCACGGCCUACCUGUGCAAGGACAUGGACAGCUUCAGCCAGGGCCUGUGCCUGAGCUGCAAGAAGGGCCGCUGCACCACGCUGGGUUACUACACCCACCAGGAGCAGCAGAGCAAGAAGAGCAAGAGCCUCUUCCUGAUGACUCGAGCCCAGCCCCCGUUCAAAGUUUAUCAUUACCAGUUCAAGAUCCAGUUCAUCAACCAAACUGAGAAACCAGUAGAACCAGCUUUUUCCAUGUCACUCCUUGGAACUAAAGAGGAAAUGCAGAAAAUUCCCAUCACUCUGAGCAAAGGAAUUAUUAGUAAUAAAACCUAUUCCUUUCUUAUCACGUUGGAUGUGGAUAUUGGUGAGCUGAUCAUGAUCAAGUUCAAGUGGGAAAACAGUGCAGCGUGGGCCAAUGUCUGGAACACGGUCCAAAUCAUAAUUCCAUGGGGAAGAGAGCCUGUCUACUCAGGCCUUGUUCUGAAGAGCAUCAAAGUCAAAGCAGGAGAAACCCAGCAAAGAAUGACAUUUUGCCCAGAAAACAUGAAUGAUCUACAACUUCACCCAACCCAGGAGAAAACCUUUGUGAGAUGUGAAGCAAACUCUAAAAAAUUGAAACGAAAGAUCAGAUGAGCUUUCAUGAAGACCCAAUAUGAAAAUAAAUGAUUUUAUUCCUUA